UUGCUUAGUGGUCUUCUUGUUUUUGACAAUGAAGCUUCUCUUCGUUCUUCUUCCGCUUCUCGGCAGCGCCCUUGGGCGUGCGUUGGAGUCGCCGUCAGACAGCUGCGUAGCAACAUGCCCACCGCCUAACUGCCCCAGCGACAAUGCAUUGGAAGCAUGCGCGUGCCUGAAUCAGCGAGAGUACGAUUGUCAAGCCAAAUGCCCCGAAUACGAGCCCCGUAUUCUCGUAAGCUACGAUCUCAUCUAAGGAUAUCACGAUGCUCAUCACAAAUUCAGCACUGCCCUAGGUUGCCACGGCCGACAUCCACGACCGUCAUCGCGCCAGAGCCCACACACACCGAAUGUGUGUGCGAGGAAGUCUUCUGCAUCCUGUCAUUCCCCGAAGGUUGCUACUGUCAAAACGAUGCGAAGAAGGCUUGCUUUGAGAAGUGCGGCGGCGAGAAGCCAACAUAUCAGGACUGCACUAUUCCAAUCGACGCCGUCAAAGCUCGCGCCCCAGAGCCAGAGCCCGUUCCAGAAGCUGUACCUGCGCCAGUACCAGCACCCCAGGAUGAAACUUGUGUAUGCGAGGAAGUCUUCUGCAUCCUUUCUUGGCCUCAGGGUUGCUACUGCCGCAACGACGCCAAAAAGGCGUGCUUCGAGAAGUGCGGUGGCGAAGAGCCGACCUACGACGACUGCACUGUGGAUAUCGUAAACCCCCAGCCCGCACCAACGUCAACGCCAGUGCCAUUGCCAGAGCCUAUAUGUGUUUGCGAGGACGUGGUGUGCAUUCAAUCCAUACCCGAAAGUUGUCUUUGCCGCAAUGCCGCGGACAAAGCCUGCUUCGAGAAGUGUGGCGGUGAAGAACCGACUUACCAGGACUGCAGUAUUGAUGUCGCACCCCGUGCUCCAGAGCCCGUACCAGAACCAAAGCCUGAGCCUGAGGCCGAGGCUUGCACCUGUUCAGCCAUCUUUUGCCCGCAGAUCUGGCCCGAGUCUUGUUGGUGUGCCUACGAUGGAGCGGUAGCAUGUGCUGAGAAAUGUGGAAAUCCCCUGCCUGUCGACACCUGCCCUCCUCGCCCCAUUGAAGCUCGCAAAGCAGAACCAGAGCCGGUGCCAGAGCCCGUACCCGAGCCACAAGAUGAGACUUGUGAAUGUGAGCCCGUUGUCUGUAUAGCACUGUGGCCCCAGUCCUGUUGGUGCUUCUACAACGCGGAAGUGGAGUGCGCCGCAAAGUGUGGCAAGCCCGCACCACCUCCGUCGACCUGCCCUCCCAUUCCCGUCGAAGCUCGAGUUGCAGAACCAGAGCCAGUCCCUGCGCCUAUUCCUCCUCCAGAGUGCGAAUGCCCUCUGGUCAACUGCAUCUCAACACAGCCUGAGCUUUGUGAAUGCCUAAAUGCUUCUGCACAAAGAUGCUAUGAGCUUUGUGGCGGGAAGAAACCCGUACCCCAGGUCUGCCUUCCCGACCCCAGCACAACAUUCUCAACCAGCAUCAUACCCCUCCCAACCCCGGUCAACCCUCGCCAAGCUACCCCCACCAACCAGAUCUGUGGCGGCGGUCGCGGAAGUCCUCUUCAAGAGUGUCCUGCAGGUCAGACUUGCAUCACUGAUCCUUUCACGCCUGGCUCCUGUGGUCCUGCUUGUGAUAUGCUAGGUAUCUGCGUCAGCGAGAAGCUGUGUGGUGGAUUUGCGGGUUUUGAGUGUGACACUCCAGGUCAGAUCUGUGUUGAUGAUCCGAGGGAUGACUGUGAUCCGUCGAAUGGCGGAUCAGACUGCGGAGGACUGUGUGCUUGGCCGCAAUGAUUUAUCGAGACGAGUGAUUGGUGAGAAGGGCUUACAAAUGAAGAACGUGUGUGUAUGAGUGUACACCUUUUUGCAGCUGUCAUUCUUUAGAACAUUCACUCAUUACUGUUAGCGGCAAGUUU